GAAGUUUAAUUUUGUGUGUGACGUCACCGCAAUGGCUGUCGUUCAAAGUUAGUUUGUAAACAGUCGAUAAAUCUUUAAACAUCGUUAUAAUUCGCAAGAAACGGACAUAAAUUUUACAACAGUUGGCAAGAAUAUUUAUUCAGUAAAUCAUGUGGAAAAUAAAGGAACUGACAGAUAAAGUCACCAAUGUUGUGAUGAACUAUUCUGAGGUGGAGACUAAAGUAAGAGAGGCAACAAAUGAUGAAGCAUGGGGACCUCAUGGACAGAUCUGCUCAGAGAUUGCACAGUAUACAUUCACAUACGAACAUUUCCCAGAGGUCAUGGGUAUGCUGUGGAAGAGAAUGUUCCAUGACAACAAAAAGAGUUGGAGAAGAACCUAUAAGUCAUUAACAUUAUUGACAUACCUUAUACGGAACGGUUCAGAGAGAGUGGUUACAGCUGCAAGAGAACAUUUAUAUGAUCUACGUAGCCUAGAAAACUAUACAUUCACAGAUGAUCUUGGCAAAGAUCAGGGCUUAAAUGUUCGGCAUAAAGCUAAAGACAUUGUAGAGUUGAUACAGAAUGAUGAAAGAUUGAGAGAAGAAAGGAAGAAAGCAAAGAAGAACAAGGAUAAAUACCAGGGAAUGUCUGGUGAUAACAUGAACAGAUAUAGUUAUAGUGAUCGUUAUGAUGAGAAACCUCGUACUCGUAACGACCAACUUGGUGAGAUUGAUGAAUGGCAAGAUGGGAAGAAAUCUGUAGUUGAAGAUGCUGUAGACAAAGUGAAAGAUUUGUGGAACCGAGCACACGGGCGUCAGGCACCGGAUGAAACGAUUGACUACAGUGCUGAUCGCAGGGGUCAUGACGUUAUAGGGUUUAGUGAGGAGACAGACCAUAAUAAUAAAUUUGGUGAUGAUGAUUUUGAGUUUAAAGAUAACAACAGUGAAGAAUAUACCUACCACGAGAGAACAGAAACAACCAAAACGGAAAAAAUAACAUCAACGAAGCGAAGAUCUGGCGCUAAACAACAGAUAGAUCUUGGAGCUGCUGCUAAUCAGCUAAAGGGCACAUCAUCUGAUUUACAGUCUAUAUCAAGUACUUCAAGUAGGUCAAAUUUAGAUAACGGACCAAAUUUACUGGAUAUGGGGAACCCUGUAGGUGGUGGAAGUGAGAGUACUGGAGAUUUUGCUGAUUUCCAGUCCGCCAACAACGAUUUCAACCCUAGAGCUAGUACAGAUGGAUCUAAAUUAGAUGAUUUUGCUGAUUUUAGUGCUGCUCCAGUGGCAAAUACUGCCAGUCAAAAUGGUGGAUUUGCUGAUUUCUCCCAGGUUAAUGCUAGUCAAACUGUAUCUCAAUCAAGUGCAAACACAAACUCUUCAGAUCUAUUUGAUGUGUUUAGUGCUAAAAACUCAUCUAUGCAAUCUAGUGUACCCAUACAACCAAGUGUAAACAAUAUGAACAAUGUGGCUGCAAUAAAUUCAGUGAAUAAUCAGGGACUUAUGGGAAGUAUGGGCGGACCUAAUGUUCCAAAUAUGGGUAUGCAACCUGGAAUGAUGGGAAAUCAACCAAAUAUUAUGGGCAACUCAAAUUUAAUGGGCGGUCCUAACACAAUGAUGUCAUCACAGCCUAAUAUGAUGUCAUCACAACCAGGAAUGAUGUCAUCGCAGCCUAAUAUGAUGUCAUCACAACCAGGAAUUAUGUCAUCACAGCCUAAUGCAAUGAAUCCUGGUAUGAUGGGAAUGCAGCAACCGAUGAUGAUGAAUCAGCAAAAGAUGGGAAUGAUGGGAAAUCCAGGCAUGAUGGGAAAUCCAGGAAUGAUGGGAAAUAUGGGUCAGCCAGUUAUGCAGCCCCAGUCUGCGGCUAUGGGCUUCAACCAAGGUAUGGGGAUGAUGCAGCCCAACAUGGGACCCAAGAAGGAUAGCAAGACUAGUGACUCACAGUCUACUACUGUCACAACAUCGUCCAAUAACAUACAACGACAGAAUUCAGCUAACACAUGGACUACUGACGCUGCUAAAGUUAACAUCAGCCUAGAGGCAUUAAGUCCUGCCAGUAAAUAUCAACAACAACAUAAACCUAGCAUGAAUCAACUUCAGAACAAAGGUACGAUGCCACCAACUGGUAACCCAGGAAUGGGCAAUAUUACCCAGGGUAUGGCUGGUAUGAACAUGGGAGGACAGCCUAUGAUGGGCUCUGGUAUGGCAAUGGGGAUGAGCUCCCAGGCAGGGUACGGCAUGCAUGGCUCAAUGAUGACACCAGGGGGCACUGCAGUCCGAAUGCAGUCAACCAUGAACGUUCAAAACACCAUGGUCGGUACGGCAGCAUUCCAACAAAAAACAGAUAACGCCUUUUCAGCAUUUGGCGCGCUUAAAUAAUGACAGACAUCCUAGAUGUUUUCAUGAAUUAAAGAAAAAAAUAUGUGAUCGUUCAUUCCAAGUUAAUCUUACCGGCAAACCAAAGAUGAUAAAUAGCUCGGAAAAUUUCACUGCCGCUACAUUUUCGUAGAAAAUUCGGCAGUGUAAUUAAAAGUGUAUGGAUUAUAUUAUCAUGUUUAUUCAUAACAGGACAUUAAUAUUCAUAAACAUUGAUAGACGAAGAUUGAUUGGUGAAAAACGUUGGCGCCCUAUUUUCAAAUUGGAAAUAUAUAGUGUAAGUUAUUGGCAUUUCAGCAUCAAAAUGCUAUAAUGAUUUAGCUUAUUAGCUAACAGUUAAGUGUCUUGUGACACUUGAAUGCUGACAUGUUAUACAUGUAGCUCAAAACAUCUUAAGGCAUUAAGAAAAGUGAAAGAAUUAAAUCUUUUAUAAUAAUAAUAUAGGCUUAAUGGAAGGUUUUUCUUUUCUUGAGUGAAAUUAAGUAGACUCAUUGUUAUCUAUCUAUCUAUCUUAAUUAUUUAUCUAUUUAUAGUGCAUCACACUCUCUGGUGUAUUUUGUUCAGGUAUUCAUCAAUGCUAGAAAUAACAUGUAAGAAAAAAUGUUCAAGAAAUAAUUAGUAACACCUGAUGUAAAUGUAUUACAUUCUGAGACAAAGAUUUUUUGCAAUUUGAUUAUAAAAUAGAAUAGAAUAUUUUAUAAUGAUAGCAUAUUCACCCUGUGAUAUAUUUUGAGGUUGUUCAUGUUAUAUAGAUACUGGAAGUAAAACAGGGAUAGGUUUGUUUUACCUGUAAGGCAGAAAGUUAAAAAUGCUAGAAUCUGCUUUAUGUUUGCAUGUAUUUAUCAUUUUUCAGUAAAUUUUAUUAUUAAAGAGUGUUUUAUGUACAGGAAGGACAAAUAAGAUAUUUCAUAUUCUACAGAAUUACAAUUCAGAUUUAUUUUUCAAAAAUAAUGUGGGUGAAAUUUUAAUGUUACAUUCCAACUGUAAAGGGCUCCGUAAAGUUACUGUGAUUUAUAUUUCAUUCAUAGAAUCAUGUUCUAAUUUAGUUUAUAUUACUCCUGAUAAUAUUAAUACAUUUAAUUGGCUGUCAAUCAUUUAUGAUUCAUUCAUUAAAAGAUCCUUAGAAAGAAAGAAAAAAUAAAUUAAGAUGGUUGUCAUUACACCCUUUCCAUUCAAUGACUAAGCUCUCACGUUUAUAAUAUAUAUAUAAAGCAAUUGAUGUCAGGUAAAAAUACUUUAUGCCACAAAUUGUAAUUUAACGAAUUUCCAUUCUUUUUUUCUAAGAGCAAUGUAGGAUGAAUAUUGAUUAUACAACAUAUUAAUAUUUCUUGUAUUAUCAUAAUAUAUACUGGUUUAUUCAUUUGGUUUACAGUUCAGGUGGUGAAAUUUGGUUUACAGUUCAGGUGGUUUGUAAAUAAUCACUCUGGUAUAAUUCAUCAUUGUGAGAUAUAUCCUUAGUGAUUAUAUUUACACAUAUUUGAACUAGAACUGAGCAAAAAUAUUAGGACAAUGCAUUUAGUAUCUAUAUCCUAGGUACAAAAGAUUUGGUCUGCGAAAACUAUGCCUGAUUUAUACAUACAGGGAAAUAUUUCUGACGUAUACACAGGCCAAAAGUAUAAAAAACACAAGAGGUGGUAGAAAGUAGAAACAUUUGUAGAUUGUUACAGUAUAUUUUGUUUUGUAAGAUUAUUUUUGCUGUGAUAUGUUAAAUUGUCAGUAAUCGCACAGUUUGUUGUUUGUAUAUGUUUGUUAACAGUGUCAGGAGUAAAGUGUGUGUUAGUUAAGUAUAUGUGUCUGUUAAUAGUGAAAAAAUGGUGUUACUGUAUUUUUAAUGUAAUAGAUAUAGUAAUAUUUUGAUUACAGAAUUUUAGAUCAGCUGCAGUAAGAAAGAUUUGUCAUCUUUCACUAUAUACAUACAAUCUGCAUCAUACAUUCACAGCAAGACUCUUAAUUGAUCUGAUAUUUAAAGGAAAUAUUGUAUUGACCAGUUGUAAGUUCUUGUAGAAAUGGGUCUAACACUUCUAAAAAAAUGUUUUUUUCUGUUAAACCUGACUUAUUUGAUCUUGUAGACUUUGUAUUGUUUAAUAGUUAAGCUUCAUUUUAGUUCAGUUGGGUAUAAUUUACGUCUGGAAUUCUGUAAUAAUAUUUUACACACCUCUUUAUUUCAGCCUGACCAUGUAUGGCAUAAAACAAGAUGUGUCAUAAAUACAUCUUUCAUUAACAUGAGUUAUAUAUUUUUGUAUUAAGUUGAAUUCAUAAUGGUUUUCAUUGCCAAGUGUACUGCUGAACAUAAUGGCAUACAAGUUGCAUGAUUAAACACACAAAAAAUCAUUGUCAUAAAAGUAUAAUAUUUUAGUUUUACGUCCUUCUUUAUUCCAUAUACAGCAUUUAUCGCCAUACAUUUACAUGACUAGUGAAAUGAAGGGUCUAAAUGAAAGUCAUUUAUCUCCAACAGGUUAACUAUGAAAUAUUUUAUACUGUGGAAUAGAAAAUGACAUUUCUGCGAUAUAAUUGGGACAUUUAAAAUGAAAUUGUAAGAUAUUAGUACAUAAUUAUUAUGGAUCCAUAAUUUGAACAUUCUCUAAUUUCGCAUGAAUAUUGCACUUAAAACAAUUUCACAUCCUACUUUUGGGGGAAGAGAGGUUUAUACAUGAAAAAUAAUAUUUGAGCCGCGUCAAGACAAAUUCAACUUAAUGGGUUUGCGACCAGCAUGGAUCCAGACCAGCCUGCGCAUCCGCGCAGUCGGAUCAGGAUCCAUGCUGUUCGCUAUCAGUUUCUUUACUUGUUAUAGAGUAUGUAAGCGAACAGCAUGGAUCCUGAUCAGACGGUCCAUGCUGGUCGCAAACCCAUUAUGUUGGUUUUGUUGUGACGCAGUUCAUUUAUCUAUUAUUAGCAAAAAUUAGGGAAAGGAAGUUUUUCACGUAUGUACAAACAAUAGGCCAUUUUUAUAAGGUUUUUGUAUGGUGUUAAGCAGCAGGAUUAUGUGCAAUAUCUCUAUAGAUAUUUGGUCAGUUGUUUGGAUAUAUUAUUUUGUUACUGAUUUACAGAUAAGAAAAAUUGUGUUUAUAAUAUUGACACUGUUGAAUGCCCUUCAAAAUCAGAAAUAAAAUAGAACUGAAAAUGUGAACUGCUAGAAAAAAUAGUUAUUUAUAUAAAUUUUUAUUGUAGACAAAGUAUAAGUUUAUGAUAUUUUGAACAAAAAGUAAUAUAUAUACAUUGUAUAUUGAUAUUUAUACAUAAAUGAAGCAAUAGGUCAGUUUUUAAGUGCUAGUUAAACAUUUGAUAGUGUAAAUAUUCUAGUAUUUAUUUUCUCCCAAUUUGUCCAUAUUUAUUUUACUGUAUCAUCUGUCUGGAUCUGAUGGAUGAUUAAUCAACUUCCCAGUUCAAGGGGAUGAAAACUGCUUAUUGCAUAAUUGCUCUUAUUUCCGUGAUAGAAAGGCCUAAAUACUUAAUAUGCUGCAUAUCAUUUUCUUUAGUUUUUCUGUUUGAUUUCCAUUUUUUGAAACUUAUUUUCUUUUUAACACAUUUUUCAUACAGACACAGAUAUUACUAUUUUGAUGUAUUUUGUUGCUAUGUCUACAGACAAAAUGCCUUAAUAAUGGUGUAAGUAUGUACAAAAAAUCAUGGCUUUUGUAAAGUCCAUCAUUUCUUUAUUUGCCUUCAUGUUUACAGUUGUGGGGUGUUACAAGUCUUCUCAUUGCUAGAUUGAAAAUUGCUGGGCUUUGUAAAAAUCAGACUGCUUCUACUUGGAAUAAUUAGACAUAAAUACACGAUUGUAUGUUAAAGUUACAUGAGGGUUUUAAUUUGCACGAUACUGUACAAUUAGGGACAAGAGAUAAAUUGGUAUGGAAGUUUAUUUUGGGGGUUGGGGGGCGGCUAAGGGUUGGAAUGAUUGAUGGUUAAUGACUUUUUCUUCUACAUAUAAUAUAAUAGAUAGAAACUAGUAUAUCAAUAUUUAUAGUCAACUAAUUUUUCUUCAAUUAACAUUUCAGAUUUGUGAAAGCAAUUUGAAGGAAGGGUAAAUACCAUAAAAGAUUGUUAGUUAAAGAAUUAGAUUACAAAAUGAAUAAAAUAGUUAUGUGGGGUAUAUUUGUUGUUAUUGUUUAUUUUCAUAAAGAAAAACAUAUAAAAUAGAAAAAUACUUUGUUAUUUCCAUAAUGGAAAUUUGAAACAAGGUAUAAUGUGUGAUUGUUGUAAUAUACAUGUUGUAAGAAUGUUUUUACAUAUAUCUUACUACCAGUUUAUUGUGGAAUGUUGUACUGUCUAUGUAUGGAAACUUUAUAUUUAUUCUGAGAUAAUUACAUGUUAAGCAAAAAGUGUUUGUUUAUUUCUGUAUUUAGCUAGUACAUGAAAAAUACAAAAAUGAAUCAAUGCACAAAAAUGACUUGGUUACUUUAAUUUGGUACCAACUUUAAUCGAACAAAUUUCUGAAAUACUUCAGAAUAAUAAUCCUAAAUCACUAACAACACAAGUUUCAGGACUUUUAAAACCUCUACACACCAUUCAUUUAUAUUGUUUAUCCUGUGAGAAGAUUAAUGUAAAAAAUUUAAUUUGAUGAAUAUGCUGGAAUGUAAUUGGAAGUUCUUUAUGUAUCAUUUGUGAUUUUGGGUUAAACAUUUGCAUUAGGUUCAACAAAUCACUUUGUUAUAAUUAUGGGAGGAUAUGUUGUUAAUGUUUGUUUUAAAGUUGGUAAUGUUAACUGUAGUCAAACUUGUACAUGUAUUUGAUGUGUCAUUGUUCACUCCCCUUGAAUGUCCCGAUGAUUGGCCAUAAUAUUUACAUAUAGAAGCAUACAAACUACCUCGUUUUUAUCUUGUGCCUUGUCACUGGACCUUAAAACGAGAGACGGCAAUAAUUUUAUAUACACAGAACUACUACUUAAUGGGUACUUGAUAAAAAUGGGUGGGGGAUAUACCCUUUCAUUAUGUAAAAACACAUUUCUGGGAACCCAAUGUAAAGUCAAUUUUAGGUGACUAUUUAGUAAGUGAAUGAAAUUUUCCUUUGUGCUUAAGGGUCAUAGAAAAAAUUGAUCUGGAUAUCCGCAAAAUUGAUUAUUCACAGUUCAAAAAAUGGAAAAAGUUCAUUAAAGAAAUUUAGCAGGUUUUGGGUUUAAUUGUUACUAUGACAACAAGAAAUCUGUAUCAGACACAGAUCAAAAUAUACCUGAUAUAAACUGGUAGUAAAAUAUAUGUGUUGUUAAACUAUUGUGUUAUAAAUCAUUGUAUGUCUAUUGAUUUGUGAAUCGUUUAUUGGAACUCGAAACAUUUUGAAAACUUUGUUUUUAUAUCCCAUUAGGUCAUUAACGUAAUGUAUAUAUUACAAUUGUUAAACUAUGUAGAUUUUAACACUUAUUAUCAUGUGGAUGUAUAUGAUGGAAAUAUAAAAAAAAAAGAUCAAAUAAAAUUUAUGUAUGUACACAA